UCCAUUUCCGGAACCAGAGGAGCACACACACAUACACACGUGUGAGAAAACCUGGCGUUCAGUGUUGCCUGCUCUCUUCUGAAUAUCACCAGGUCCAGUCUUUUAAGUGCCUGCUUCAAGCUUGGAUCCGUCAGGAAGUCUGUGCAAGUGUUUGGCGUUUGGAAAAUAAGGAGUGUUUGCAGCCAUAUUUCGCUACCGCAGUCCCACAAACGCUGGGCACUAAUGGCUGAAUCCGAGCCUGUGACCGUCGUCGUCCCAGUUGGAGAAAAGCGAGGGUGCCCGGAAGAUGAAAAAGAUGAUGCACCAUCAAAGAAACCAAAAUUUGAGAGCGAUCACGAAAAUGGGGGUCCUCCGCAGCAAGAUGAGAUGGACGAGCCCGAGGGGGACGCAAGUGAUGGAGAGGAGGAUGGUGACACAUUUGCUAACAUGAUGAAGCAUGGUCUCACCGAGCUCGAUGUUGGCAUCCUAAAGUAUGUCAGUGACCACGAAGGCUUCUCUGGAGUCCUGAAGGAAAGAUAUUCUGAUUUUGUUGUGCAUGAAAUCAACAAAAAUGGCAAGAUUGUGCAUUUGGAUGACCUCUCUGUCCCGGCGGAGGCUGAGGAAGCCCAAGAACCUGAACAACAGCCAAAAGAAUGCGACCUGCUAACUGAAGAGCAGAAAAAGCAGCUUGGAGAGCUUCAGCUGUUCAAGAACAAAGAGGGAAAUGUCUCAAUUGAGGUACUGGAUGAUUCUAAAGAGAAACGGACAUUGGUCCACAAAGCCAUCAAGAAUCAGUUUCCUGGUUUGGAAACAAAGACUGAAGAGAGGGAAGGGCGGAAGUUUAUAGUGGCUUAUCAUGCUGCUGGGAAGAAGGCUUUAGCAGAAGUCAAAACAACUACAGCUCCAAGGAAACACUUUUGGCCCAAAAACCGUGGCAGUUUCUGCCACUUUGUUCUGUAUAAGGAGAACAAAGACACCAUGGAUGCUAUCAAUGUGCUUUCAAAGUUCCUCAGGCUUAGACCCAACAUGUUUUCCUACAUGGGAACCAAGGACAAGAGGGCCAUUACUGUGCAGGAGAUAGCGGUGCUCAAGAUCACUGCAGAGAGGCUGGCUCACCUCAACAAGUGCCUCAUGAACCUCAAGCUUGGAAACUUUUGCUACAAAAAUCACCCUCUAAAGCUGGGGGAACUGCAGGGAAACCAUUUCACUGUGGUGAUAAGGAACAUCACAGGAACAGACGAGCAGGUUGAUCAGGCAAUGAAAUCCCUCAAGCAGACAGGUUUCAUAAACUACUACGGCAUGCAGCGUUUUGGCACAACAGCUGUGCCCACGCAUCACGUGGGCAGGGCUAUUCUGAAAAACGACUGGAAUGAGGUGAUGGAUUUGAUUCUGAAACCCCGUCCUGGAGCGGAGAAAGAAUUUCUGGUCCGCUGCAGGGAAGAGUGGGCAAAGACUCAGGAUCCGGAGGCAGCACUGAAAAAGCUUCCCAACAAGCGCUGUGUGGAAGGACAGCUGCUGAGAGGCCUGUCUAUGUAUGGCAAGAAAAACAUCGUCACUGCAUUUGGACUGAUCCCCCGGAACAACCGCCUGAUGUACAUCCACAGCUACCAGAGCAGAGUGUGGAACACCAUGGUGAGCCGCAGAAUUGAAGCCUUUGGUCUGAAGGCUGUGAAGGGAGACCUGGUACUCAAAGGAACCACGGCACACGUGCUGUCUGCAGAGGAGGCAGAGAAUCAAUCCAUCCACAACAUUGUGAUGCCACUUCCAGGGUUUGAUGUCAUUUACCCCACACACCACAUCGGAGAAGGUUACAGAGAGCUGCUCACUGCAGACGGGCUGGACAUCGACAACAUGAGGCACAAAGUGAAGGACUACUCUCUGGCCGGAGCCUACAGGCGCAUCAUCAUCAGACCCGCUGAUGUCAGCUGGGAGGUCAUUAAUUACGAUGACCCCAGGGUGUCUCUGGUGCAUAGUGAUUUUGAGAAACUAGAGAACAAACCCGCACCUGUCUUCAACAAAGAGGGGAAAUAUCGCGCUCUGCGGAUGGAGUUCUCGCUGCCUCCAUCGACCUACGCUACUAUGGCAAUCAGAGAAGUCCUCAAGCUGGACACCAGCAUCAAGAAACAGACGCAGCUUAACACGACCUGGUUUAACUGAGACCACGACACCUUCAGGCAUGAACUGGACUGUUGAUGCAGUGGCUGCUUACUGUUGUUUUUAAGUCAUGUGUAAUAUGUGUGUAUGAGAGAGCAUUUGGGUUUUAUACAAACCCAAAGAUAAUUUCUUUGACGUACAAAGAGCAACAGUUUAUAAUUAUUGAACUUGUUUAUGUUUUUAUUUGCUUUGACAGGUUUUUGUGCUGCACAUUGCGAUUUCACAUAUUUUGACAAGAUUUAAAUAUGUUGUGUGCUUUCAGGGCGCUCACACAUUCAAUAACUACUGCUGCUGGUUUUGUACAGAGAUGAGAACUUCUUUUUAGCUCAAAGCUAAUAGCAUAAGUUUUUUUGAGAAGGAAGAGAAAUUAAAAUUGUUGAGAGAAUCGGCACAGUGUGUGUAUGAACAAAAAAAUCUGAAAUAUUAUUUUUCUUUUUUUGUCCUUCCACUUGUAAAAGUGGUAAUAAAGCUGUUAUCUCUCCUUUGAGUCUUUUCCUCUGCA